AUGUCGGCGUCAGUGCUCCAGGAGCUCCCGAGCGACCUCCCGACGUACCUCCUGCGCCUCUCGCUGAUCGCAGCCGCGAGCUACACGGCCGUUGUGCUGCUGAUCCCCGUCGUCUGCCGCCACGUUCUGCCCGCCAAGUUGUCGGGCAAAGACCUGUGCAAACGCGGCACACCCGCCGGAGAUAUCCCAAUUCCCGAAGCUCUCGGCAUCGUCUCGGGCGCCGUCUACAUCCUCUCGUUGGUCGUCACAGUGCUCACGGUCGUGGACGAUCCCGAUGUGAAGCGCAUGAUGACGUGGGGCAUCGUCAGCAUCCUGUCCAUGAUCGUGCUGGGCUUUGCCGACGACCUGUCGGACCUUCGCUGGCGUCACAAGCUGCUGUUCCCGCCGCUGGCGUCGCUGCCACUGCUGCUCCACUACCCCGGCCUCACGGCUGUCGUGCUGCCCAAGCCCGUGCGCUUUUUGUUCGCAGACGACACGGCGCUGCACACAGUGCUUCGUCCUGUGGUGACGCUCAGUCCAGGCGGCGAGAUCGCUGAGCUUGGGCUCUUGUACUACUUGUACAUGGGCAUGAUGGCGGUCUUUUGCACAAACGCAAUCAACAUUUACGCGGGCGUGAACGGCCUCGAGGCCGGGCAGUCGUUCGUGAUUGGCGCGGCUGUGGUCGUGCAGAAUGUGUACCAGAUCGUGCUCGGCCACGACAACGAGAACUUCCACUACCUCUCGCUCAUGUUUAUGGUCCCGUACCUGGCAACGACGCUCGGCCUGUUGAAGCACAACUGGUACCCGUCGCGCGUCUUUGUUGGGGACACGUUUUGCUACUACGCUGGCAUCACCUUUGCCGUGUGUGGCAUCUUGGGCCACUUCAGCAAGACGCUCCUGCUUUUCUUCUUGCCACAGGUCCUCAACUUCCUGUACUCGAUCCCGCAGCUGUUCAAGAUCGUGCCAUGUCCACGGCACCGACUGCCAAAGUUCAACGCCAAGACGGGUCUCUUGGAGCCGUCGACCAUCACGCCUGACUCCACUCGGUCCAACUACACGAUCAUCAAUCUCUUUCUCGUCGUGUUUGGACCCAUGAAGGAAGACCAUCUCGUCAUGGCGCUGCUUGCGUUCCAAGCCCUGUGCUGCGGUCUGGCUUUUUACAUUCGCUACGGGAUCAGCGGCUACUUCUACGACUUUGUGCAGUAG